GCGAUGGCAGCCGCCUAGCCCGGCGGGCGCGGAGCAGCCCCGAGCUGUGGCUCGUCAGACGGGGCGGCUGGGCCGGGGACACGGGCGUCGCUGCAGCCCGGCUAGCAGAGAUGGGCACCGAGGCUGGCGAGGACAUCACCAUCUCCUUGCCGCCCUUCGCCUCCUCGCGCUUUUGCGCCUUCCUCGAAGGCGGCAGCUGCCGGAGGGGAGGAGCGGCGACGGCGACCACGACGGCCCUGGGUGAGCCGAGCCCGCUGCCGCCGCCGCCGCCACCGGGCAGCUUCUGGAAUGUGGAGAGCGCCGCCGCCGCUCCGGGCGCCACCGGCUGUCCGGCUGCCACCCCCGGGAGCAGCGCCACUCGGGGCCGGGGCAACUCCAGCAGCGGGGGGAGCCGCAGGACCACGGUGGCGUACGUGAUCAACGAGGCCAGCCAGGGGCAGCUGGUAGGGGCGGAGAGCGAGGCCCUGCAGAGCCUGCGAGAGGCGUGCGACGCGGUGGGCGCCACCCUGGAGCCCCUGCAUUUUGGUAAACUGGACUUCGGGGAGACCGCGGUGCUGGAUCGUUUUUACAAUGCAGAUAUUGCGGUGGUAGAGAUGAGUGAUGCCUUCCGUCAGCCGUCCUUGUUUUACCAUCUUGGGGUGAGAGAAAGCUUCAGCAUGGCCAACAACAUCAUCCUCUACUGUGACACUAACUCAGACUCUCUGCAGUCCUUGAAGGAAAUCAUUUGCCACAAGAAUACUAUGUGCACCGGGAACUACACCUUUGUCCCUUACAUGGUGACUCCACAUAACAAAGUCUACUGCUGUGACAGCAGCUUCAUGAAAGGCCUGACAGAGCUUAUGCACCCCAACUUUGACCUGCUGCUGGGGCCCAUCUGCUUACCUCUCACGGACCGUUUCAUUCAGCUUUUGAAGGUGGCCCAAGCAAGUUCCAGCCAAUAUUUCCGGGAAUCUAUACUCAAUGAUAUCAGGAAGGCUCGGAAUCUGUACACUGGUAAAGAAUUGGCAGCUGAAUUGGCCAGGAUCCGGCAGCGAGUUGAUAACAUCGAAGUCUUAACAGCAGAUAUUGUCAUCAACCUGUUACUUUCCUACAGAGACAUCCAGGACUAUGAUUCCAUUGUGAAGUUGGUAGAGACUUUAGAAAAGCUACCAACCUUCGAUUUGGCCUCCCACCAUCAUGUGAAGUUUCAUUAUGCAUUUGCUCUGAACAGGAGAAAUCUCCCUGGAGAUAGAGCAAAAGCUCUUGAUAUUAUGAUCCCCAUGGUGCAAAAUAAGGAUCAAGUUGCUUCAGAUAUGUAUUGCCUCCUUGGUCGAAUCUAUAAAGACAUGUUUUUGGACUCUAAUUUCACCGACACUGAAAGUAGGGACCAUGGAGCUUCUUGGUUCAAAAAGGCAUUUGAAUCUGAGCCAACACUACAGUCCGGAAUUAACUAUGCUGUACUCCUCCUGGCAGCCGGGCACCAGUUUGAAUCUUCUUUUGAGCUUCGGAAAGUUGGUAAUUGUAGCUUGAGAUUUUACGUGGAAAUCAAGAAGUUAGACUCAAAGUUGGUAUUAAUAUUAGAACCAACCAAAAUUUAUCAGCCUUCUUACUUGUCUAUCAACAAUGAAGUGGAAGAAAAAACAAUAUCCAUUUGGCAUGUGCUUCCGGAUGACAAGAAAGGUAUACACGAGUGGGAUUUUAAUGCUUCCUCUGUGAGGGGAGUGAGUAUUUCUAAAUUUGAAGAACGAUGCUGUUUUCUUUAUGUGCUUCACAAUUCUGAUGAUUUCCAAAUCUACUUCUGUACAGAACUUCACUGUAAAAAGUUUUUUGAAAUGGUGAACACCAUCACGGAAGAGAAGGGGAGAAGCACAGAGGAAGGAGACUGUGAAGGUGACUCCCUGGAGUAUGACUAUGAAUAUGAUGAGAACGGUGACCGGGUUGUGUUAGGAAAAGGCACAUAUGGGAUCGUCUAUGCAGGUCGAGACUUGAGCAACCAGGUCAGGAUUGCUAUUAAGGAAAUCCCAGAGAGAGAUAGCAGAUACUCUCAGCCCCUACAUGAAGAAAUAGCCUUGCAUAAGCAUCUGAAACACAAAAAUAUUGUCCAGUAUCUGGGCUCUUUGAGUGAGAAUGGCUUCAUUAAGAUCUUCAUGGAACAGGUCCCAGGAGGAAGUCUUUCUGCUCUCCUUCGUUCCAAAUGGGGCCCAUUAAAAGACAAUGAGCAAACAAUUGGCUUUUAUACAAAGCAAAUCCUGGAAGGAUUGAAAUACCUCCAUGAUAAUCAAAUAGUGCACCGGGACAUAAAGGGUGAUAAUGUAUUGAUUAAUACCUAUAGUGGUGUUCUCAAAAUCUCUGACUUCGGAACGUCAAAGAGACUUGCUGGCAUAAACCCAUGUACUGAAACUUUUACUGGUACCCUUCAGUACAUGGCACCAGAGAUCAUUGAUAAAGGCCCGAGAGGCUAUGGGAAGGCAGCAGACAUUUGGUCUUUGGGCUGCACAAUCAUCGAAAUGGCCACAGGAAAACCACCAUUCUAUGAACUAGGAGAGCCGCAAGCAGCCAUGUUCAAGGUGGGGAUGUUUAAAGUUCACCCUGAAAUCCCUGAGUCCAUGUCUGCAGAGGCCAAGGCAUUCAUACUGAAGUGUUUUGAACCAGACCCUGACAAGAGAGCCUGUGCUAAUGACUUGCUUGUUGAUGAGUUCUUAAAAGUUUCCAGCAAAAAGAAAAAGACACAACCCAAGCUCUCAGUUCUUUCUACUGGAUCCAAUGAGUAUCUUAGGAGCAUCUCCUUGCCGGUCCCUGUCCUGGUGGAGGACACCAGCAGCAGCAGUGAGUACGGCUCAGUGUCACCCGACACAGAGUUGAAGGUGGACCCCUUCUCUUUCAAAACCAGAGCCAAGUCCUGUGGAGAAAAAGAUGUGAAAGGAAUACGGACGCUUUUUUUGGGCAUUCCUGAUGAAAAUUUUGAAGAUCACAGUGCCCCACCUUCCCCUGAGGAGAAAGACUCCGGAUUCUUUUUGCUGAGGAAGGACAGUGAAAGACGAGCCACCCUUCACAGGAUCCUGACUGAAGACCAAGACAAAGUUGUGCGAAACCUAAUGGAAUCUUUAGUCCAGGGAGCUGAAGAACCUAAACUAAAAUGGGAGCACAUCACCACCCUCAUCGUCAGCCUCAGAGAAUUUGUGAGGUCCACUGACCGAAAAAUCAUAGCCACUACGCUGUCGAAGCUGAAGUUAGAGCUGGAUUUCGACAGCCAUGGCAUCAGCCAAGUACAGGUGGUCCUCUUUGGCUUCCAAGAUGCCGUCAAUAAAGUGCUUCGGAAUCAUAACAUCAAGCCACACUGGAUGUUUGCCUUGGACAGCAUCAUCCGAAAGGCUGUGCAGACAGCUAUUACCAUUCUGGUUCCAGAACUGAGGCCACAUUUUAGCCUGGCAUCUGAGAGUGAUACCGCUGAUCCGGAAGACUUGGAUGUAGAAGAUGACCAUGAGGAGCCACCUGCCAAUCAAACAGUCCGAAGACCUCAGGCCAUCAUUGAGGAUGCCGUGGCCACCUCGGGAGUGAGCACGCUCAGCUCCACUGUAUCCCACGAUUCCCAGAGUGCUCACCGAUCACUCAAUGUGCAGCUCGGAAGGAUGAAAAUUGAAACAAAUAGAUUACUGGAAGAAUUAGUUCGGAAAGAGAAAGAAUUACAAGCACUCCUUCAUCAAGCUAUUGAAGAAAAAAACCAAGAAAUUAGACACUUGAAACUUAAAUCUCAACCAAUAGAUAUUCCUGGAUUGCCUGCAUGUCACCUAAAUUCUCCUGGCACCACCACUGAAGAUUCUGAACUUACUGCUUGGCUCAGAGAAAAUGGAGCUGAUGAAGAUACUAUUAGUCGGUUUUUGGCCGAGGAUUAUACACUAGAGGAUGUUCUCUACUACGUGACACGUGAUGACUUAAAAUGCCUGAGACUAAGGGGAGGAAUGCUGUGUACCUUAUGGAAGGCCAUCAUUUGCUUUCGAAACAAACACAUUUGACUCUCACUCAAUUUAAUCUUCGUUGGAGAUUCUGAAAGUGAAUACAGGACUGAUCUUGGGGUAGGAAGAAUCGAAGUGAGAGGAGAAAGAAGCUGCACUUUAAAAUCAGUACUUGUUUACACAUGUUAAACAACAACAACAGAGAAACAUCCUGAAAUUUUCUGCUUCUGCUUCUACAAUUCUUAA